AUGAAGGAAACAUUUUUGAACCUGGUCUCCAUAGAAAAAGCAUUAGAAGAAAACGUUGAAGAGGACUUUAAAGAUCUCAGCAGGAAUAUGGGAAUUCAGUCAAUUGAGAAAGACCAUGGAUAUGAAUGUCAUACUGAGUGUGAUAAAAACCAGCAACCUAUUCCAGAGAGUAUGAUCAAUAAAGACAUGCCUUCCAGGGUAAGGACUCAUGAAACUCCAUUGCAUGUAAGAAACAGUAUUGGUCAUUUAUCCUUACAUGGGUAUCUCAGAGAAAAAACUAGAGAGAAACCACCGCUGUAUAAGGAAGCUGUGGUAAAAGCUUUUACACAUCAGAAACAUUGGAAAAAUAUCAGUUAUUCUGAAUCACUUCAAGUACUAGAAACUUCUAAAGAGAAACCCUGUAAAAAUCAACAAUGUAAUGAAGCCUGUAGGAGUCUCUGUUUUGAUCAGCCUCAGGAGAGAACUCACACUGGAUAUAAACUCAAUGAGAAUGUCUUAAUGAGAUACACAUAUGGCCAGAAUGAUGAAGGAACCAAUAAAGAAGUGAAACAAUUUGUAUGUAGUCUCUGUAAAGAAUCCUUCAUUGAUUCCAGUAACAUUACCAACCAUGAAAAAAGUCAUGUUGAAGAGACAAGGUACAUUUGUAGGCAGUGUGGCCAAAUAUUUAAAUAUGCAACAUGUUUUGAGAAACAAAAAGUAACUCACAAAGGAGAGAAGCCAUAUGCUUAUAUACAUUUUGGAAAAGUCUUCACCCAAUUCAGUCACCAUAACAGUCAUGAAAGCAGUUACAUUGGACAAAAGCCUUAUGUCUGCAAACACUGUGGGAAAAACUUCACCCGUUCUUCUUAUCGAAACAUUCACGAAAGAAUUCACACUGGAGAGAAAGCUUAUGCAUGUAAGCAUUGCGGAAAAGCCUUCAACAAUCCCAGUAGUCAUAACAGACAUGAAAGGAGCCAUACUGCAGAGAAACCUUAUACAUGCAAGCAUUGUGGAAAAGCCUUUUUUUUUUGUUCCAGUCAUCUGAAUAUCCAUGAAAUAAUUCACACUGGAGAAAAGCCUUAUGCAUGUAAGCAUUGUGGAAUAGCCUUCAACCACCCCAGUAGUCGUAACAGACAUGAGAGGAGCCAUACUGCAGAGAAACCUUAUGCGUGUAAGCACUGUGGAAAAAACUUCACCGUUCUUCUCAUCGAAACAUUCAUGAAAGAAUUCUCACUGGAGAGAAACCUUAUGCAUCUCGAGGCCCUUGCUAGCAUCCAGAACGGUCUCUUGCCGCCCCCUGCUGGGCAGCCAGGGUCAGAUUCGCGGGAAUUUAGGCCUGCGCCGCCUGGGGACGCAGAUCCGAUGACGUCACCUGCGCCCGGCUGGAGGCCGGAAGUUAGUCUUUACUUCCGCCCUUCCAUCUCUCCUGGUCCUCUAGAAGCGGAAGUAAAAGGCGCCUGCCGCGAGUUUUGUUACCGCGCGAGUCCUAUGUAUCGCUCCGGGUGA